AUGGAAGUAUUGCAUGAACGACCAGCAAAAAUAAUUCGCUGUGAGUUGUUUAAAUGCGACAUUGAAACCCUAGAUGCUCAAGAUUUAUGUAGAAUUAGAAAAAAUAUACAUGCUAGUCGGUGUAGUACAGUACCAACCUUGCCUAAAACAUUGGAUGAGACUCAUAAUAUAUUAAAAAAUUAUAAUUUAAUGACUAAUCGGGGAGAAAAUUUUUUAUUUAUUAACAGUGCAGAAACCAAUAUUAUUGGAUUUUCAUGUGAUAGCAAUUUGAAAGUAUUACGUGAAAUGAAAACUGUGUUUAUUGACGGUACAUUCAAAAGUUGUCCAAAGCUUUUUUACCAACUUUUUACAGUUCACGGUGUAAAAAAUAACCACUAUGUUCCUUUAGUUUUCUUUUUACUUCCAAAUAAAACUAGUGACACGUACACAAAAGCUUUUCGUUUAAUUCAAAAUUAUUUAAGCCCAGAUAAAAUAUAUGCGGACUUUGAAAGAGCCAUUCAUGUAGCGAUCUCUGAAGUAUGGCCUUUAGCUCAAUUAAAAGGUUGUCGGUUUCACUUGGGCCAAGCAUGGUGGAGGAAGAUACAACAAUUGGGGCUUCCAAAAGAAUUUAAAAUAAGGAUUCCGAAAUAG